AUGAAUCGAAUAUCGAAACUCGAUUUUGCUGGCUUAAAGAAUCUUUUAUCGUCAUCUUUGAAAUCUUUCUUAAUAAAUCCAUCAUCUGAUCUAAAACGUGAAGAUGAAACGAAUGACUCAGAGUUUUAUUCCACACCGCGUUUCGUCCAUCAUAUAGACGAUCGAGCUCGAGCCGUUCUCUCUCAGUUCUACACUUAUACAAUCAAACAAUCACCUGAAACGUUCACUUUGGAUUUAUGUUCAUCGUGGACUUCGCAUUUACCGGAAAAUUUCGUUGGUCGAGUUCAUGGUCUUGGAAUGAAUGAGUUAGAAUUACGAGAAAAUCAAUCUUUGAACGAAGGUUACACAGUACAAGAUUUAAAUUCGAAUCCUUCGUUAUCGAAAUUUUCUUCGAAUACAUUCGAUGCGGUGAUCUGCUCUGUUUCGAUUGAUUAUCUCAUUCAUCCAAUCGAAAUAUUUCACGAAAUCGGAAGAAUUCUAAAGCCGAAUGGUCUAUUCAUAACUUCGUUCUCUAAUCGUUGUUUUCCAACGAAAGUUAUCCGAAGAUGGCUUUCUAUGAACGAACCUCAACGCGUCGAAUGGGUUGCAAAUUAUUUCCUUCAAACAAACAUUCACUUCGAUCCGAAAACAAUCAAAGCCUACUCCUUUUUCGAUGGAGAAUUCCUACCAACUACAGAUAAAGAAUUUAUUGAUCCGAUGUACAUUGUGUUAGGAAACAAAAAUUAA